AUGAGCCAGGAAAAUGAAACCCAGACAUGGGUGAGUGAGUUCAUCCUGCUGGGGCUGUCCAGGAACUGGGGAACGCAGGUUUCCCUCUUCGUCUUGUUCCUGACCAUGUACCUGGUGACCAUGGUAGGGAAUCUCCUCAUCCUGUUUCUGAUCAGGCUGGACAGCAGGCUUCAUACCCCCAUGUAUUUCUUCCUGACCGUUUUAUCCUUUGUGGACCUUUGUUAUACGAACAGCAUUGCCCCACAGAUGCUCGCCCACCUGCUGUCAGCCCGGAAGUCCAUCCCCUUCCGCAGCUGUGUGCUCCAGCUCUGUGUGUCCCUGGCACUGGGCGGGUCUGAGUUCUUCCUGCUGGGAGCCAUGGCCUACGACCGCUACGUGGCGGUGUGCCACCCGCUGCACUACACCGUCACCAUGCACGGAGGGCUGUGCCUGGGGCUGGCUGCUGGCUGCUUGGGGGCUGGGUUCAUGAAUUCACUGAUGCAGACGGUCCUCACCUUUCGGCUUCCCCUGUGUCGCAAACUUAUUAAUCAUUUUACCUGUGAGACCCUAGCUGUCCUACGGCUAGCCUGCGUGGACAUCUCCUUCAACAUGGUCAUGGUGGCCAUCUCUGGAUUUCUAGUCAUCAUGCUGCCCUGUUUCCUGGUCCUGUUCUCCUACGGUCGUAUCGUUGCUGCCAUUCUGCGCAUUCGCUCUGCUCAGGGGCGUAGCAAAGCCUUUGGGACCUGCGCCUCCCACCUCACUGUGGUGUCCCUGUGUUUCGGGACAGCCACCUUCACCUACCUGGGGCCACGGUCGGCCUCCUCAGUGGAAGAGGAGAAGAUGGUCACUCUAUUCUAUGCUGUGUUAGCACCUAUGUUAAACCCCUUGAUCUACAGCUUGAGAAAUAAGGAAGUUAUGGCUGCUCUCCAGAAAGUUUUAGAGAAAUUCAGAGAUAAUAGAUAA